AUGGCUUCUCCCUGCCGCAGGUCCACCAGACCCCAGACCCUGGCCUGCCUUCUGCUCGGCGUGGGUCUCUUGGCGCUGCACCUGUCGCUCCAGCAAGCCCAGAGGUCCCAGCAGGAGGCGAAGCCAAAGGAUCGCAUUGACCACACGCCCAUCACUGCGGCCGCCGUGCAACCGCAGCCACGCCACGCAGCGCCCCCGUGCGUGGCCAACGCCUCGGCCAACAGCACAGCCGGCUUCGAGGGGCUGCCGCCGCGCAUCCAAGACUUCCUGCGCUACCGCCACUGCCGCCAGUUCCCGCUGCUCUGGGACGCGCCGGCCAAGUGCGCCGGCGGCCGCGGCGCCUUCCUGCUGCUGGCCGUCAAGUCGUCGCCCGCCAACUACGAGCGGCGAGAGCUCAUCCGGCGCACGUGGGGGCAGGAGCGCAGCUACGGCGGGCGGCAGGUGCGCCGCCUCUUCCUGCUGGGCACGCCGGCGGCCGAGGAAGCUGCGAGCGCGGCGCAGCUGGCCGAGCUGGUGGCGCUGGAGGCGCGCGAGCUGGGCGACGUGCUGCAGUGGGCCUUCGCCGACACCUUCCUCAACCUCACGCUCAAGCACGUGCACCUGCUCGACUGGCUGGCCGAGCGCUGCGCGCACGCGAGCUUCGUGCUCAGCUGCGACGACGACGUGUUUGUGCACACGGCCAACGUCGUCGGCUUCCUGGAGACGCAGGCGCCCGACCGCCACCUCUUUGCCGGACAGCUCAUGGACGGCUCCGUGCCCAUCCGCGAAAGCUGGAGCAAAUACUUCGUGCCGCCGCAGCUCUUCCCCGGGCCGGCCUACCCGGUGUACUGCAGCGGCGGCGGCUUCCUGCUGUCGCGACACACCGCCCAGGCCCUGCGCGCCGCGGCCCGCCACACCCCGCUCUUCCCCAUCGACGACGCCUACAUGGGCAUGUGUCUGCAGCGCGCCGGCCUGGCGCCCAGCGGCCACGAGGGCAUCCGGCCCUUCGGCGUGCAGCUGCCCGGCGCCCGGCAGCGCUCCUUCGACCCCUGCAUUUACCGCGAGCUGCUGAUUGUGCACCGCUUCGCGCCCUACGAGAUGCUGCUCAUGUGGAAGGCGCUGCACAGCCCCGCGCUGAGCUGCAGCCGGGACACGGGCUCCCCUGAGGCCACGGGGCGGCGCUGGGCCGACGCUUGGCCUCGCUUCGCGGCCGCCACACGGGACACAGGUGUUCCGUGCUGUGGUCGCACCUCGCCUGCUCUCAGCACCUUCGUCGCUCAGCUGGGGCCUCUGAACCUUGACUCUGGUGUUGCAGAUGAGGACAGCAGUCCAGGCCCAGCCCAGGGUCUCUCAACUGCCAUUGUUCAGCCCAGGGUGUCCCUUGUUGUGUGGGGCCACCCUGUGCACUGUACAGCCCGCAGCCGCCUCCCUGUCCCCUUCCUCCUGGACACCAGUGUCACACUCUGGUGUCAUGACAACCAGAAAUCUCUGCAGGUGUUGCCAAAUGUGCCAUGUGGGAAAACUGACCACCAGGCGACAACCCUGGCCUACAGCAGGUCAGGAAACAAGAAGUUUAUGGAGUGUGCACAUGGCGACGAGCCGCCCGGCCGCUGCGGCUGGGAUAGUCGGCUCAAGCUCCUGAGCAAAAUAAACGUGCCUGGGAUUUCGUCAUCCUUUUAUCUCCGCAGCUUUGGCUCCUGGUGCCUUGGUCUGAUCUGGCUGGGACAACAAUGCCGCAGGCUGGAUGGCUGA